AUGCUCGGCCAAGCCAAAGCCCUCGCCCUGAUGACCCUCGGCCUCACCCAGGCCGCCUCGGCCGUCGGCCACGCCUACGUCUACAACAACUGCGACUUUGGCGUGACCCUCUGGUCCGUGGGCAGCAACAUCGCGCCCAGCAACUACCUCGACAGCCGCUCCAACUACUUUGAGACCUUCACCGUCGACCCCACGACGGGCGGGCGGGCCCUCAAGAUCACGCGCGAACCCGACGGCCUGUUCACGGCCAAGCCUCAGACCGUCUUUGCCUACAACCUCAGGGACGGCGCCGUGUGGUACGACCUCAACGACGUCUACGGAGACCCCUUUGCGGGACACAAGCUGCUGCUCCGCAGCGCGGACCGGUCGUGCCCGUCCAUUGUGUGGCCGCAGGGCAUCCCGCCUGGCGGGAGCCAGGUCAAGAAUUGCCGGGAUGGUGCGGACGUCAUUUUGACGCUGUGCGCGGAGCGACCCAUCCCCGGCGCGGCGGAGGAAUCCGCCUAG